GUCUUCCAGCCGAGCCUGGAUGUCCACUCAUUCCGGCUGGUCCCAGUUUGGGUCUGGGGUGGGCUGUACACAGGACCUCAGACUCCCUUCAGCCUCCUUCCUCCUGCCCCCCCUGAGCAGCUCUCUCUGCGGCUCUCCAGGUCCCCUGCGCAUUGUGGUGCUGAUCUUGACGGCCGGCCUCACCUGGAUCUUGGGCAGCAUCCUCCUGGGCUCCCACGGGAGCAGCUUCUCUCGGAUCCAGCAACUCUUCAGCAAUCCCGAGAAUGCAGUGACCACAGUAGCAGAAAGGGCCUUCUCCCUGUGGUCUGUCCAGCCCAGUCCUGAGGCCAGCCGCCCUGCCGGGCACGACAAGCCCCGGGCCAGGAAAUACAAGUGUGGCCUGCCCCAGCCAUGUCCUGAACAGCACUUGGCCUUCCGUGUGGUCAGUGGGGCUGCCAACGUCAUCGGACCCAAGAUCUGCCUAGAGGAUAAGAUGCUGAUGAGCAGCGUAAAGGACAACGUUGGACGUGGGCUGAACAUUGCCUUGGUGAAUGGAGUGAACGGGGAGCUCCUCGAGGCCAGAUCCUUUGACAUGUGGGCCGGAGAUGUUAAUGAUUUGCUGAAGUUCAUCCGGCCACUCCACGAGGGGACGCUGGUCUUUGUGGCUUCCUAUGAUGACCCAGCCACCAAGAUGAAUGAGGAGACCAGGAAAAUCUUCAGUGAGCUAGGCAGCUCGAACGCUAAGGAACUGGCCUUCCGGGACAGCUGGGUCUUUGUUGGGGCCAAAGGAGUUCAGGACAAGAGCCCCUUUGAGCAGCAUGUGAAGAACAGCAAGAGCACCAACAAGUAUGAGGGCUGGCCCGAGGCCUUGGAGCUCGAAGGCUGCAUCCCCCAGAGGACCGUGGGCACCCAGUGAGCCUACCGGCUUCCUCUUUCUCCUGUCUUCCAUCCUGGUUGGCCACCUGGGUAGGCCAUCCCUGGACUCAUGGCCCCCUGAAGAGAGGGGAGAGGGCGGAGCCCCGCUUGGUGCCCGCCCACUCCCCCCGGCAUGCACAUGCAUGCACAGAGCUGCUCACGGGCCCUCCUCCCAGUGCCUUACUCCAACUGCUUCCAGGAAUCCUCCCUCACCCCCUUUCCAGAUCACUCCAGCUCUCUUGGAGACUGAAUGUAACAGGUGGUGGGACAGUAUAGUCGGGCCCUCUCUGUCAGUCACAUUCCGCCCCCCCCAUACACACGUGCCCCACCGCCAAACCGAGUAGGGCUCCUGGUACGCCUCCCCAACUUGUCCCCCUGCAAGCCUUUGGCUUGGUCCUCACUGUUCCCCGUCCCCGGCAGCCACAGAGCCCCUCAGCCUGUGGGCUCCGAGCGCCCUGGUAUGACUCCGGGGUAG